CCAAGCUAGCCUCAAACUCACAGAGAUCCGUCUGGCUCUGCCUCCUGAGUGCUGGGAUUAAAGGUGUAUGCCCGGCAAGCUUUUCUCUUUGGCUACACUAUAAUGAAUGGAUCAGAGUAUGGUGGCAGGAAGAUACCCCAAGAAACUGAUGAAAAAGGUCCUGAAGAAGAGUGAUGUUAGGGAAGUCAAAAAGUGGGUGGAGAUAGGGAACAAUAUAGAAAUGGAUCCCUAGUCAUGACUAAAAGAGAUAUAGUUGAGGUAAGGUGCUAAACACAGGCAUGGAAAGUGCAUAGGCUGGACUUAGAUUCCAGUUCUGCUGUGUCUCUGGCAAAAGUCAGCCUCUCAGCCAGUUUGGAUCAGAGUUGCAACUGAUAAAGGCUGCACAAAUGACAGGCAAAUGGUACAUGUAGGUUUCCCUCCCAGCCUCCCUCUAUCCUAGGACCCAGGUAGGGACAAUGUCCCCUGCCAUUGCACUGGCAUUCCUGCCACUUGUGGUGACGCUGCUGGUGAGAUACCGGCAUCAUUUCCGACUGCUGGUGCGUACAGUCCUGCUAAGAAGCUUCAGGGACUGCCUGUCAGGACUUCGAAUUGAGGAGCGGGCCUUCAGCUACGUGCUCACCCAUGCCCUGCCUGGAGACCCUGGUCACAUCCUCACCACUCUAGACCACUGGAGCAGCUGCUGCGAGUACCUGAGCCACAUGGGCCCUGUUAAAGGUCAGAUUCUGACGAGGCUGGUGGAAGAGAAGGCCCCUGCUUGUGUGCUGGAGCUGGGCACCUACUGCGGAUAUUCUACACUGCUCAUUGCACGCGCUUUGCCCCCUGGGAGUCGCCUUCUCACUGUGGAGUGCGACCCUCGUACAGCAGCAGUGGCUGAAAAACUGAUCCGGCUGGCUGGCUUCGAUGAGCAAAUGGUGGAACUCAUUGCAGGAAGCUCAGAGGAAGUGAUCCCACGUCUAAGAGCUCAGCACCAGCUGAAUCGGGCAGAUCUGGUGCUCCUGGCACACCGACCUCGAUAUUACUUAAGGGAUCUGCAGCUACUGGAGGCCCAUGCUCUGCUUCCAAAUGGUGCCACAGUAUUGGCUGACCAUGUGCUUUUUCCUGGUGCACCCCGCUUCCUACAGUACACCAAGAGCUGCGGCCGUUAUCGCUGUCGCCUCCACCACACCAGCCUCCCAGACUUCCCUGCCAUCAAGGAUGGCAUAGCCCAACUCACCUAUGCUGGACCUGGCUGAGAUCCAGGACCUGGGAUAUUUACUGAUACAAUCCCAACCCCAUUCAAGCAAGGACCUCAGAGUAUCCCCUUUCCCUUUCGGUUUAGUGUCCAGCAUAUGCUAGGUUCAGGCUGGGGAGGCUUCUCAACUUUGCUCAACCCCAGCCUCCAUACCGAUCCAAAGCAUCAAAGUCUCAGUCUCCUUGGUCUCACAAGGUCCUCUCCUAGAAAACCAGAGACUGGAAGCAAGAGGCUGAGCCUUCAACCUAGUUCUGUUAUUGAUUGCUCCCUCCAGGUGAGUCCUUCCCUCUUCUGAGAUUCAGUCUAUUCUCUUAACACUAAGGGGCUGGAAAGAUGGCUCAACAGUUAAGAGAAUUGGCUGUUGCUCUCUAACUAGAGAACUUGAGUUCAAUUCCCAACACU